GGAACUGCCGGGGCCGCCACCGCUGCCGCCGCCGCAGCUGUAGGGGACCGGCGCCGGUGCGCAGGCAAAAGGAGCUCUUUCCCUGCUGAAAGUUCCCUGGGAAAAGCUAGCAUCUCCCCAGUCCACCAUGGCGGAUGAAAUUGAUUUCACUACUGGAGAUGCUGGGGCUUCCAGCACUUACCCAAUGCAGUGCUCGGCCCUGCGCAAAAACGGCUUCGUGGUUCUCAAAGGACGACCAUGCAAAAUAGUGGAGAUGUCAACUUCCAAAACUGGAAAGCACGGUCAUGCCAAGGUUCACCUUGUUGGAAUUGAUAUUUUCACGGGCAAAAAAUAUGAAGAUAUUUGUCCCUCUACUCACAACAUGGAUGUUCCAAAUAUUAAGAGAAAUGAUUAUCAACUGAUAUGUAUUCAGGAUGGUUACUUAUCCCUGCUGACAGAAACCGGUGAAGUUCGUGAGGAUCUUAAGCUGCCAGAAGGUGAACUAGGUAAAGAAAUAGAAGGAAAAUACAAUGCAGGUGAAGAUGUACAGGUGUCUGUUAUGUGUGCAAUGAGUGAAGAAUAUGCUGUAGCCAUAAAGCCCUGCAAAUAAAUGGGAACAUCAGGCAUGAGCAAAAUGUUAGGUCUGGAUCAACCACAGAUCUAAAGUUUGGGUCUAAGUUGUCACCAAAGCUAUGGCCUUCAUAAGCCACCUCAUUUUUUUAAAUUGUUUUGAAAUUGUACUCAGUUUUGUAGGCAAUUGGUAAUUUAAAAUCAUCAAGUUUGUAAUUCUUUUUUUUUGUUUUAAUUUUGUAGGUGUCUUUCCUAUAACUUUCCUGUGGUUUUCAGUGAGUACAAGAAAUAGAUAAGAUGGCUUCAGCAGAUAUGAUUUGUCUGAGCAAAUCAUUCCUGAAUUUUAGUUGAUAGAUAAACCAGGGCUUAAAAUCAGACAAUGUAGCAUCUAGUGGUAUCAAAGUACCACAUUUAAGUUGAAUUGUUCUGCAUUAAUUUCAGACCUAAUAUAGAAUGAGUUGAUUAUGGAUUGGAAUUGUCACAGUUUCAGCCUGUGUGUGGCAAGCACAAAUCCUUAACCAAAAAUCAUGUUAUCAAGAAGUGUCAGUUUUCUUAGUAGGCAUGUGCAGCCACCUGUAUUACCUCAGUCAUACUUUCCUUUGCCAAAUUGUUGCAAGACUAAACAUAACCUUAUAUGUAGUGAUUUUGCUACCUGCUCAUAGUUGACAGACGUUGAACUAUAGGUUGACUGUUACUAGCAAGUCAGAUUACAAAGGAGGAGUCUACAGGGGACAGUGGCAAAGGGGAUUGGUUAGAGCUAUAGGUUUUUACUUGAGGCCUGUGUAACUGGCAUAAAAAUAGAAAGUUUCUUUCUAGUUAUGUUUUUGCUUUUUGUUCUCUCUCUGUAUUUAAAGGAGUGACCUGCUUUAUAGGAUGCUAUGCAGUGCUCUUUAUCAAUAUGUUGAAUAAAUUGUUGGUAUUUAUAGUAGUCCCUCCUUUCCAACCAUUUUUAAGUACACUUUUUGGCAUUAAAAUAUUUAGUUGUGCAGCAAAACUGGAUAUUCUUUAAAUUGAUUUGGAAUAUUUGUUAAAUUUAUGUACACUUUUUCUAAAGUGAAUUGAAAGUGCAUCAUGGAGCAAGAGUUACUUUCUGUGAUGAUUAUUUUUCUUACUUUGAGAAGUACAUAUAUUUUUUUCUGAUUGUUAUGUACUUAAUUCGGUUACCAGUGUGAAACAUAACUAGGAAAGAAUUCUAAAAACUGAAUAAUUUUAAAAAGUGUUUUAGGUGACUCAGCUACAUUUCUCUUCGUAUAUCUUAUUUCCAGGAUUCUAGACACUGUCACAGGGUUUGCAAGGACCUUUGACUUAAAAACAAUCAUUAUAUUGAAAUUAAACUUAGAACAAAAUCACUACUUCAGUAAUCAUUCUCUAAGACUGAUUAUGAGACCUUUCUCAUCAUGCCUUGACCUCUGAAAGACCUUUGUUCCUAUCAUCUGGAGGAAAACAUAUAUGAUGCUGUAACCGAUCUAAUCAGUAACUAAAAAUAGUAUUAGGCACUUGAUCUUAGCCAAAAGGCCGAGAAGCGAUACUGAAAAUAUUAUUAGGAACAGAAGAUCCCAAAGGUUUAGUUACUUAAUUUGUGCACAUUUUUAAAUCUUGUAUAGGCCUCAGCAAACCCAUUUGGAGAAGAAAACAGGAUACUUAAGAGAAAUGCAAGGAGAAUUCUAAAGCACAAGAAAUAUAGAGGUUAUAGUUAACCAUUUUAGCGUAACAUCUUAGCUUUUGCCCAUCUGAAGCACAAUCAGGAAUUAGGCUAAAUUCUUUCCAGUAUUCCAUCUAAGUAUCUACUUCAUACUGCUCUAGUGUUUUAGUAGUCUGUUCUGUGCGUUUUACUUGUUACUGGUUGGCAUUGUUAUCCACAGGAAUUCCAGGAAGUUCUCAAUCUGUGCUGCUUGCUGGUCACUCACAUGACCCCAGUUAACCAUACUAGUGUUCUGGUUUACUGUUAAUUCUGGAUUAGCAUGCCCUUGUUGUUCCUAACUUGUCAAACUUCACAUAAAUACAUUUCAAUUGUGAGGUAAGCAUAUGUGAAUUAUAAUGCAUCUCUAUCUUCAUACCUUGAAUGGCAAAAGCUAUUUAUGCAUAAAUAUUUUAAGUACCAUAAUGAAUUGUAAAUACUCUUCUGAUAUAUAAGUAUAAGUAUAGAUUUUAAAGAUAUGGGACUGUUUAUUUUCACAUAAGUCAGUACAUGUUUCUCUAGAACAAAAUAUUUCAUUUAGUAAAGCUUUAUAAAUUGUAUUAAAAGGAAGCAGGUAAACGUAUUUUUUAACAUAGAACAGCAGUAACUUCAUUCUUUUUGACAUCAGAAAUAUUAAAAGUUGAUUCCUAGUA